CCUCUCCCCAACUUUGUUCGGGCGAGCUGUCGCCGACAUGGUUCUUAUUGUGUCCAACAUGUCGUGUCGAAGAAUGCCCAGCUCAACAUCCUUAUUCUAUACUACACUACGCGCCACCAGUAUUUUCCUGUUCUAGAUCGUGGCAUCAUGGCUUUCGUUCAAAACGUUCGCUUUGAACAUUAUUCAUCCGAAAAUACGCUCGGCAUCCAUGAGACGAGACCACGAAUCUCCUGGGCCUAUCAAUCAGAAACACCCUUCCGACAGCAUAGCUACAAUAUCGAACUGUCAGAAUGUUCUUCCAUCGGAAACCCUAGAGUCAUCUGUUCCACCAAUGUCUCCUCCACAAACACCAUCCUCGAACCAUGGCCUCUGGAACAGCCUCUACAAUCGCGACAGCGAGUGUCGGUCAGAAUCCAAGGAAUCUCUGAACAGGGGCAACUCACGCCCUGGAGCGAGCCAGCGACUCUUGAGACUGGUUUGAUGGACCCUUCCGAUUGGAAGGCACAACGUAUUGCUAGUCCUUGGCCGAAAGAUGUUGAAGCGCCUCAGCCUGAGGAGUUGUUCCGUGUUGUUUCCUCCAUCAGUGAAACAAUUGCAUCCGCCAGACUAUAUAUCACUGCCCAAGGUCUAUACGAAGCCGAGAUCAAUGGAAAACGAGUUGGUGACUACUUCCUUGCUCCGGGCUGGACGGAAUACAAUUCUGUCCUGCACUACCAAACGUACGAUGUUACAGAGCUUCUAGUCAAAGGAGACAAUUGUCUCGGUGUUCGAGUUUCGGAAGGUUGGUUUAACGGUCGGAUUGGGUUCGAGGGUGGACGCCGCAAUAUCUGGGGUUCCCGGAACUGUCUGAUUGCUCAACUGGAAGUCACAACUACAGAGGGAAUCAAGCAUACGAUAGUAUCAGAUAGCUCUUGGAGCGUUACCACCGGCCCCAUUCGAAGAUCGGAGAUUUAUGACGGCGAACUAUAUGAUGCGUCGAAGGAAGUACAUGGAUGGUCUACUAUCAAAAGUGAGCCUGCCGGGGAUUCUGUAUGCGAGCCUUGGCACAGGGUUGACACGUUGGACCCCCUCCCUGGUAGUAUCACACUUACUGCAGGUUAUAAGGAACCUACGAGAAGGGUUCAGACGAUAGAACCAAUCGCCGAAAUUACAACGCCCUCAGGAAAGACGGUUCUUGAUUUUGGCCAAAAUCUUGUUGGAUACCUGAGAAUCAAGAGCAUCAAUGGCCCUGCUGGACACAAGGUCACCUUCAAGCAUGCUGAAGUGCUCGAAAAUGGAGAGCUCGGUACUCGACCGCUCAGGGAAUGUAGAGCUACCGAUGAGUAUGUUCUUAAAGGUUCCAAUUCCGAUUCUCCAGAGACCUGGGAACCUCGGUUUACAUUCCAUGGAUUCAGAUAUGCCCAGAUCGAUCAGUGGCCCGAAGGAUGUCAUUUGAAGGGUUCAAUUGAAGCUGUGGUCUGUCACACAGACAUGCUGAAACUUGGAGACUUCCAGUGUUCUAAUGACAUGCUGAAUAAACUGUGGCACAAUGUCACUUGGAGUAUGAGGGAUAACUUCCUAUCUGUCCCUACGGACUGUCCCCAGAGAGAUGAGAGACUUGGAUGGACUGGCGAUCUAGCCUUGUUUGCACCAACAGCGAUGUUCAUGUACCAAUGUACAGGCAUUCUACGGGAUUGGCUCAUCGACUUCCAAAUCGCUCAACAAACCAGAGAUGGACUUCCCGCAAUGGUGGUUCCAGAUGUUCUAGUGGGUCAUCCUAACUGGGACCUUGGCAUCCCGUGCGCAAUUUGGCAUGAUGUCGCGGUCAUCGGCCCAUGGGCUGUGUACUCUGCGACGGGGGACGUGGAAAUUCUAAGGACCCAGUAUGGAAGUAUGCAACAGUGGAUGGAUAAGAUAGAGAGGCAUACAGACAGCCAAACCCCGAACUUAUGGCAUCCGAAGUGCUUCCAGCUCGGCGACUGGCUUGAUCCAAGUGCACCUCCAGAUGCACCUUUUAAAAGUGCUACAGACAGUAAACUCGUCGCUGACGCCUUUCUCAUACAAUCUUUACGCCUCAUGUCCCUCAUCGCAGGACUAAUUGGCAAUGCCGAGGAUGAGAAGAAAUAUUCGAUCGACUUCACCUCUGCCCGUAAGCAGUUCCAGGAUGAAUGGGUAACACCGAAUGGCCUUAUGUCUUCAGACUCACAAACUGCUUAUGCUCUUGCGAUCUGCUUCGAUCUGCUCACUGAAUCCCAACGAUCUGGUGCUGGCAAUCGUCUUGCACGCAUUGUUGGCAUAAACGGAUUUAACAUCGGGACAGGAUUCGCAGGCACGCCCUACAUUUGUGAGGCUUUAGCGCAAACAGGGCAUACUCAAGUGGCCUACGCUAUGCUAUUGAAUCAAACCUGCCCUUCAUGGCUCUACCCUAUUACUAUGGGCGCGACGACGACUUGGGAACGGUGGGACAGCAUGCUCCCGGAUGGCUCUAUCAACCCUGGGGAUAUGACUAGCUUCAACCACUAUGCCUUUGGAGCUGUGGCAACGUUUCUGCAUGAGAGGGUUGCAGGACUGUCGCAAUUGGAGCCUGGCUGGAAAAGAGUUCGUAUUGAACCCAAAAUUGGAGCUGACAUUACAUCGGCAUCGGCAUCACACAUCACCCCUUACGGCUUAGUAUCUGUAUCCUGGAAUAUUACAGAUGGUGGAAAAUUCAACAUAGAAAUUAUCAUACCUGAGGGAGUCAUUGCAGAGUUGGUGACUCCUGAUGGAUCGGGGGUGAAACUUUUAGAGGGCGGACGUUACUCUUUCGACACCUCGAUCGAGGGAACUCGAGAUUGGCCCCUGAAGCCAAUAUCCUUAUUACCAUUCUAGCCAAAUUUUAAAUUGAAAUAGUUCUUGC